CGAAAAACCAGCACACACACAAAGACAGAGAACGAAAAACCAACACACACACACACACAAAGACACUACUAGGGUUCUUGUAUCCUUUUUCCAUUUAACCCCAAGCGAAUGGACUCUAGCUACCCCUGAACUGUGUCUGUGUGCAAAGGGAUAGAGAACGAAGAGGCACAAGCUGUAGUUACAAAAGGGUUUUCUACACUAGGCUUCCCUUCUUUCUCUUUCUUUCUCUUCAAAUAAUAGAAGAAAAGAAAAAGACAGCAUUUUUCCCCUUCCGCUACAGAGAGAAAGCUGAGACAUUGGGGCUUUAUCCUUUUGUCUCCUCUAUCUCUCUGUCUCUAUUCUUUUCCCCCUCUUUAACCUUGAAAGUUUCCUCUUUGAUCGCUCUCAGGAGUAUAUAAGUCUGUUCCCAACCAACCCAGUUCAUCUUUUGAGCCUCUCUUCGGUUUCAAACCUCUGGGGUUGGUAAAUUCAACACUCAAAUUGUCACAGAUGAAGCAAAUCAGUGCAUAAGAAGAAGAAGUGGUGAGUUUAAGGGGUUUGAGGGACAAGUUUUUUGGCUUGUUGGGGUGCUUUUGUUAAAGGGAAAAGUGGCUUCUUUGAUGAGUUUUGGGGGUCUUUUAGACAACAAAUCAGGUAGUGGCGGUGCCAGAAACAACGUUUCAGAUAUUCCUUACAACAACAACAACGUUACCAAUACCACCACCACCAACAACGAUAGAAUGCCCUUUGGUGCAAUCUCUCAGCCACGCCUCGUGACCACCACUCCCACUUUGGCCAAAUCCAUGUUCAACUCAUCAGGGCUAUCUCUGGCACUUCAGCAAACCAAUAUAGAUGGACAAGAAGAUGUGAAUAGAAUGGCCGAGAAUACCUCCGAACCGAACGGUUUGAGAAGAAGCCGAGAAGAUGAACAUGAAAGCAGAUCUGGCAGUGACAACAUGGACGGCGCUUCCGGCGACGAACACGACGCCGCCGACAACCCUCCGAGGAAAAAACGCUAUCACCGACACACCCCUCAGCAGAUACAAGAACUUGAAGCGUUGUUCAAGGAGUGUCCUCAUCCAGAUGAAAAGCAAAGGCUUGAACUGAGUAGAAGGCUGUGUUUGGAAACUCGUCAAGUGAAGUUUUGGUUCCAAAAUCGUCGAACCCAAAUGAAGACCCAGUUGGAGCGACACGAGAAUACGUUGCUGAGGCAAGAGAACGACAAGCUUCGAGCGGAGAACAUGUCCAUAAGGGACGCAAUGAGGAAUCCCAUGUGCUCCAAUUGCGGUGGCCCAGCCAUCAUCGGCGAGAUUUCUCUGGAAGAGCAGCACCUCCGCAUCGAGAACGCGCGCCUCAAGGAUGAACUCGACCGCGUGUGUGUACUCGCGGGCAAGUUCUUGGGGCGCCCCGUUUCCUCAUUACCGAGUUCCAGUUUGGAGCUCGGCAUGAGAGGAAACGGGUUCGCAGGAAUACCUGCGGCAACAACGUUGCCGCUGGGACAGGAUUUUGACAUGGUUAUGUCUGUGUCAAUGAAUAAUAAUGCGUUGGCUAUGGUGUCUCCACCGACGAGUGCUAGGGCGGCCGCGGCCGGAUUCGAUAGGUCGGUGGAGAGGUCGAUGUUUCUUGAGCUUGCCUUGGCUGCUAUGGAUGAGUUGGUGAAGAUAGCGCAGACUGGGGAGCCUCUUUGGAUGAGGAAUGCUGAAGGAGGGAGGGAAAUUUUGAACAAUGAGGAGUACGUGAGGACCUUCACUCCUUGCAUUGGUUUAAGACCCAAUGGGUUUGUGUCUGAGGCCUCUAGGGAAAAUGGAAUGGUCAUCAUUAACAGCUUGGCACUUGUUGAGACUCUUAUGGACUCGAAUCGAUGGGCAGAGAUGUUUCCUUGUAUCAUUGCAAGAACCUCCACCACGGAAGUGAUAUCUAGUGGAAUAAACGGAACAAGAAAUGGGGCACUUCAAUUAAUGCAUGCUGAACUUCAAGUUCUUUCCCCUUUGGUGCCGGUUCGUGAGGUGAAUUUCCUGCGGUUUUGCAAGCAACACGCAGAAGGGGUGUGGGCUGUGGUGGAUGUGUCCAUAGAUAGCAUCCGAGAAAGUUCGGGAGCACCCACUUUUGUGAACUGUAGGAGGCUUCCUUCUGGUUGCGUGGUGCAAGAUAUGCCCAAUGGUUACUCCAAGGUGACAUGGGUGGAGCAUGCAGAAUACGAUGAAAGUCAAGUUCACCAGCUCUAUAGACCUUUGUUGAGCUCAGGCAUGGGGUUUGGUGCCCAACGUUGGGUCGCUACCCUUCAACGCCAAUGCGAGUGCCUUGCCAUUCUAAUGUCCUCAGCAGCACCCUCUCGAGAUCAUUCCGCAAUAACAGCAGGGGGAAGGCGGAGCAUGAUGAAGCUGGCGCAGCGGAUGACGAACAACUUCUGCGCGGGGGUGUGCGCGUCGACGGUGCACAAGUGGAACAAGCUCAACGCCGGCAACGUCGACGAGGACGUCAGGGUCAUGACUCGCAAGAGCGUCGACGAUCCCGGGGAGCCACCGGGGAUCGUCCUCAGCGCCGCCACCUCCGUCUGGCUACCCGUCUCCCCCCACCGCCUCUUCGAUUUCCUCCGCGACGAGCGCCUCCGCAGCGAGUGGGACAUCCUCUCCAACGGUGGCCCCAUGCAGGAGAUGGCCCACAUCGCCAAGGGCCAAGACCACGGCAACGCAGUCUCUCUCCUUAGAGCCCGUGCGAUAAAUUCCAACCAGAGUAGCAUGCUGAUACUGCAGGAGACAUGCAUAGACGCGGCGGGGUCGCUUGUGGUGUACGCGCCGGUGGAUAUCCCAGCAAUGCACGUUGUAAUGAACGGUGGCGAUUCUGCUUACGUGGCGUUGUUACCUUCAGGGUUCGCUAUCGUCCCCGAUGGGCCCGGGUCUCGUGGGCCACCGAACGGGCCCACUUCCACAACAAACGGCGGCGAUAACGGCGUGACGCGCGUGAGUGGGUCCCUUCUGACGGUGGCGUUUCAGAUCCUUGUGAAUAGUCUCCCUACGGCGAAGCUCACGGUAGAGUCGGUGGAAACCGUGAACAACCUCAUCUCGUGCACGGUUCAGAAGAUCAAAGCCGCGCUCCACUGCGAAAGUUAAACGUCACGUGAUCGGUCACGUGAGUCUGGUUUUUUUUUGUUAUUUUGUAUUUAUUGAGGUUCUUGUUGAAAAUUUUAACGUUGUUGACGAUGGAUGGAUGGGUGGCGCGUGUGAAAGACGCGUGGGUUGGUUGAGUCAAGAACGAACCGCGCGUGGGGAAAAAAAGAGAAAACUCCUUGCAUGGGUUAUGUUCCUUAACACAAGGCAAGGGUCGUGGUUCGGGUAUUGACUCGGGUCGACCUUUUUUGUUUGCUCGAGUACAAGAAAGCAAUAGAGGAAUGGAAAAAAAAAAACAAGAAAAAAAAAGGUUUUGUUAGCUUUUAUUAAUUAAAGUGUUAUAACUUGUAUUGAUUGGAGUCAUUGGAGUUUUAGUUUGGUGUAUGAAAUGAAAGUCUUCUGUUA